AUGCGCAUGCACACUUCCCAGCCGGCGCUGCGCCGAGCGGCUGGCUGCAGCUUCGCCGGCAGCGCGCCCGCCGCUCGACCGCCGCAUUCUGCAGCAGCGGCGCGGCGCCUCGCGACGGUCAGCAGGGCGGCGCUCGACGUCGCCGAGGCACCCGCGACGACGGCUGCGGGCGCCACAACCGCGGCGCGGGAGCGGCGGGAGUUCAAGCCGCGGGUGUCGGUCCGGGAACUGCUGCGCACCGGCGAAGGCGCGCCGGCGGCUGUGGGGGAUGCUGUGGAGGUGAAGGGCUGGGUGCGGACUGUGCGCAACCAGAAGCAGUUUGCUUUCAUGCAGGUCAACGACGGGUCAAACCUGUCGGGCAUCCAGGCGGUGCUGGAGCCGACCACCCCCGGGUUUGACCUCGUGGCCAGUGGCGCCAUCACCACGGGCGCGUCUGUGCGCGUCACGGGCGUCCUGGCGGCGUCGGUUGGGGCCAAGCAGGCCGUUGAGAUUAAGGCGACCGCGGUGGAGCUGGUCGGAGGCUGCGACGCCGAGGCGUACCCCCUCCAGAAGAAGCGCCACACGCUCGAGUUCCUGCGCUCCAUCGCGCACUUGCGGCCCCGCACCAACACGCUGGGCGCGGUCGCGCGCGUCCGCAGCGCGCUGGCGCACGCUACGCACGACUUUUUCGGCGGCGCCGGCUUCCAGCUCGUCCACACGCCCAUCCUCUCGGCCUCAGACUGCGAGGGCGCAGGGGAGAUGUUCCAGGUGACCACCCUGCUGUCUCACCUGGAGCAGCCCGCGGGCGCCAACGGCGGCGGCGCGCCCAAGCCCGAGGAGCUGGACGCGGCGCGGCACCAGGUCUCUCAGCAGGGCCUGGCCGUGAAGCAAGCCAAGGAGGGUGCCAAGGCGGCGGCCGGCGACGCGGCGGCCAAGCAGCGGGCGGAGGAAGCCGUGCGGCAGCUGCUGGCGCUCAAGGAGAAGCUGGCGGCGAUGGAGGCGGCCGCGUCGUCGGGGCAGCUGCCGCGGACGCAGGGGGGCGGCGUCGACUACGGCCGUGACUUCUUUGGGGAGAAGACGUUCUUGACAGUGUCGGGGCAGCUGAAUGGCGAGAUGUACGCCUGCGCCAUGGGCGACAUCUACACCUUUGGGCCCACCUUCAGGCGCGUUUGA